AGCGGCGCGACCGGCGGCGGGGCCAGUCGAGUUUGGGGCGCCGCAGCACCGCGUGGUCACCGGUCGAUUAGUUAGACGGUCGAGUCGGUCAGUUCGAGGGUACGCGACACCCGCGCAAGAUACAGCCCACGCAGGAUAAGGAAUGGCGCUUUUUCGCUUCACCCCGAAACGCUGCCUCGACGUUCAGAAAAUAACGUCGACGGUCUUCGUGCGGCAGCUCACCGAUGCGUCCACGGAUCUCAAAAGGGUUCUCACUGAUAGGAUCCCGAAGGAGCAGGAGCGGGUCAAAGCCUUUCGUAAGAACCAUGGAUCCACCAAAGUCGGAGAGGUCACCGUCGACAUGAUGUACGGUGGCAUGCGUGGCAUCAAGGGCCUUGUGUGGGAGCCGUCGGUGCUGGAUCCGGAGGAGGGCAUCCGCUUUCGCGGCAAGUCGAUCCCGGAGUGCCAGAAGCUCCUGCCGAAGGGGGCUGGUGGCGCGGAACCGAUCCCGGAGGGUCUCUUCUGGCUGCUCAUCACCGGCGACGUGCCCACGGACGCGCAAGUGCGGGCCAUCUCGCAGGAAUGGGCAUCCAGGAGCUCGUUGCCCGAGCAUGUGGUCAAGGCACUCAACAACUUCCCCAAAACCCUACACCCGAUGACGCAGUUCUCCGCGGCGAUCACGCUGCUGAACAGCGAGAGCGAGUUCGUCAAGGCGUACAACAAGGGCGUGCACAAGAGCAAGUACUGGGAAUCCGUGUACGAGGACUCGAUGAAUCUGAUUGCCAAGCUGCCGGUGGUGGCCGCCACCAUUUACCGCAACAUCUACAAGGGCGGCAAGGGUCUGGGUUCCGUCGAUGCCGGCAGGGACUGGUCCUGGAACUUCGCCAACAUGCUCGGCUAUGACAAUCCGCAGUUCAUCGAGCUGAUGCGUCUCUAUCUGACGAUCCAUUCGGAUCAUGAGGGCGGUAACGUGUCCGCUCACACCACCCACUUGGUAGGAUCCGCCUUGUCGGACCCGUACCUGUCCUUCGCCGCCGGUAUGAACGGUCUAGCCGGGCCGCUGCACGGUUUGGCGAAUCAGGAAGUGCUGGUGUGGCUGGAGAAGCUGCGCGGCCAGGUCGGCGACAGUCCGAGCGACGAAAAACUCAAGGAGUUCAUCUGGAACACGCUCAAGAGCGGUCAGGUAGUGCCCGGUUACGGACACGCCGUUCUCAGGAAGACCGAUCCGAGGUACACUUGCCAGAGGGAGUUCGCGCUGAAACAUUUGCCGGACGAUCCGUUGUUCAAGCUCGUUGCGCAAGUGUACAAGGUGGUGCCGCCGGUCUUGCUGGAGACCGGCAAGGUGAAAAACCCAUGGCCGAACGUGGACGCGCACUCGGGCGUGCUGCUGCAGUACUACGGUAUGAAGGAGAUGAACUACUACACUGUCCUAUUUGGUGUGUCGCGCGCGUUGGGCGUGCUCGCCUCCCUCGUUUGGGAUCGCGCCCUAGGACUGCCUAUCGAGAGGCCUAAAUCCCUCAGUACCGAACUCCUCAUGAAGGCCGUCAAGGCUUAAGGACCGUCUCUCACUGGAUCAAUGAUCAAUCAUCAACAUCACCUCGAAGUCUCGUCGUCCCGAUCCUCGAGCUUUGAGCAUCGAUCGCGACGUCAGAAAUUUUAACAGGAUAUCAUUUUGAUACCGACCUCGAGACACCUCAACGAGCACACGCCUUAUCAAACGAAUGAGAGUGCGAGAGCGCGAAAGUGUGAGGGAGAGAAUGAGUGAGAGAAUGAACGAGACACAAGGCUAGGUAUUAAACACGACAAAUAAUUACGUCUAAUAAUGUAUUAUCUAAAUGUAGAAUUAUUAUGAGCAGACACAUCAAUGUCCCGUAUCAACGAGGCAGAGUUUGUGUUAGAUCUCUUCCUGUUGUCGAUAGCCUUCUAAAUACAAGCGACGACACAGAUCUAGUAAUUACACUUACACAUUAUAAUAUAAUUAUGAUAAUUAUAAUAUAAUUGACAUUGAUUAAUUGACAGUGUAAUUAAAAGAACUGUUUUAAGCGUGUGAUUUUUACGAAGUGUCAAUCGCGAGUAAAAGUUAAACGGGACAAGUUGCUCUCGCAACGUAGCUGCUUACAUAAGUAGAAACGUAGAUUGGUCCAAUAGUGAAAACUGCCAAAAUUGCGAGGAAACCCAAGAUAGCGCAAGAGGUCCAGGGGAUGGCUUUUAGACGUCUAAGUUUCGAGAUUUUCCGACAUUUCUACGUGUCUCUUGAAUAUCUAAAAGGUGUCUUCUGGAAUUUAUUAUUUAUAGAAACACACAAGAUAGAGAAACGCGUCAGAAAUAGGUAAGGCAUUAUUGUAAAUAAAGUUAUCGCUCAAUGCAAUGCAACACGGCGACUAUCGCUGGAAAUUAGCAGCCACGCAACGGCUCAAAAUUUACAGCGAAUAGUCAAUGUGUUAGCUCAGCGAUGCAAAGGCAGUGGAAAAUAGCGACUUCUAAGAUUCAUCGUGUAAAACAAUGUAAACGUUCAGGCGGCUAAAAGAUAGUCUAAUUCAGAUUGAACAUUAUUCCGACAACUUUUACGUUGUUGCGGAUAUGCAAUAAUGUGAAUUAGAAACCGUAACGUUGUCUUGCCUCGUCACACGAGUAGUGCACUGCCCGGGUGUGUAUCAUGGAUUUCUCUUUCAAUCAGGCGAAUUCCUUCGUAAAUUGAACGGAUUUUCCAGCGGUAGAAACGGUAUCAAAUGUUCGCGGUUAGAGGAUAGGUUUUCAAGGCAAUAGUCGGCAACGGAACGCCAAGUGGCGAACGUGUGCCAAUUAGCUCAGACAGUAGAUCUCCCGGCCAUUAGUUUACUAUCUCACCUCCCUCAGGAAGUUCAUUCUAACUGAUUGUAGAAUGGCGAAAGAAAUACUGUUGCUGCGCGCGAGUUGCAGUAGUUGCGAAAUACUUAACAGCGAGCAAUGAUUCAGAGAGUGAUCAAGCAGACUUAAAAAUAGCGUUUAUAGCCUCAUCGGGCGGCCGAGGUGCUGCUGCUCGGUCGCACUGCGGAGAGAAACCACGUUUCAGUGUAAAAUUAAGGAGCUUGACCAGUGGUGGACCCACGGUUAUAAGAAUGAAUGAAUGAGUGUGUGCAUACAUUAUUUAUAACGAAUGUGAAAAUAAAUGGAUCAAAAGGUAACCGUGGCUGACAGAUCCUUCCUCUUUCGAGAGAUUUGGAUUUACGGAGCAUCGCGAAUGUCUCGCUCAAUCGAGUAGUUCUGAAAGCCUGCGAUUUCUAUCGCUGAAUACUCCAACUCUAUCGAAAAUCCCGGAAAGCUUUGGAUCAAAUUUAACGAGACUUUGGAGCGAUAUUCAGUAGGGUGUUGUAAAUUUUAACGCUGACCGAAGUAUGCUUAAUCUAAAGACAAUAAAACCCUGUAUGUAUCACUUACAACUAGCGAAAUGCAAAACACGAAGAGAGAAUUAGAAAGUAGAAUGGGAUUAUCGUAGAAAACAAAAUAGAGCAGAUCCGUAUGUUUCUUAUCGAUAGAAACUGAUUUUUAAUUUAUUUGACAUCCCAUACUUUUAGCCUUUGUUAUUCAUUUAAAGUCUUACAGGUCUCCCUGGCUUAUAUUAUACAAUUAUGUUAGAUAAAGACCAAUAAAUCAGAAUUGAUCGAU